AUGGCGAAUGUAACCUCUGGAAGCUGGAUAUGGAAAAGCAUAUGCAAGCUGAGACCUCUGGCAAGACCCUUUGUUGUGUGCAAGGUGGGAACAGGAAUCACAUGUAGUUUUUGGAGUGAUAAUUGGACAGGAUUGGGGCCUUUGUUGGAGUUAACGGGUGACAGAGGACCAAUGGUAUCGGGGCUGUCUAGACAUGCAGUGGUUUUUGAUGCAGUGAGAGAAGGGAAUUGGUGGAUUUCUAGGAGCCGUAGUAGGAACCCUAUAAUUCUCCUGUUGAAGGAGUGUCUUCCCCCACCGUCAGUACUGAAUCUACGGGAGGAUGGGGACGAUGACAUGUAUUUAUGGAAAGUGGGGAAUGAUGAGGCUUCGUCAAGGUUCUCUACGGCUUUAACAUGGGAAGCUUUGAAUCAUCCAGCUCCACGGGUCGAUUGGUAUGCUUCGGUGUGGUGCAAGAGCAGGAUACCAAAGCAUGCUUUCAUUACAUGGUUACUGGCCAUAAACAGAUUACACACAAGAGAUAGACUGAUACAAUGGGGGUUGGCAAUCCCAUCUGUUUGUCUCUUGUGUGAUCAAGAGGAUGAAUGCAAGCAACAUUUAUUCUUCGAUUGUUCUUUCUCUGGGGAAGUUUGGGGAUAUUUUCACUCAAGGGCUGCAGUAGUUCCUCCCAAUUUGGUUCAUGAUGCUCUGGUGUGGUUAAGGAAUCCGUGUAGGGAUAGGAAUGUGGCAAUGAUCUUAAGGCUUGCCUUUCAAGCCUCAGUUUACCUUCUCUGGAAAGAACGAAACUCACGUCUGCACACUGCGAUCUCGCGAACUCCGUGUGCCUUGAUACAAGAGAUCAAGGUCAUUAUUAGGAGCCGCUUAAAACCUUUAUCAAGGAACGAGGGACCGGGUCAUGCUCCACGUCUUCCUGGAGAAACAAAGUGA